AUGGAUGGAGAGCCAGCAACAAAAUCGACAAAUCGUGAUCUGGCGAAGCUGGACGAGCACGAGAAAACGAUGAUCCGACGAAGUUGGAACGAGCUGAUGCGGGAUGUGGAGAAAAGCGCACUGGAAAUUUUCCAGAUGAUUUUUGAAAGAGCACCGGAAGCGAAAGAGCAUUUUUUGGCCUAUUUUCUUAUCCAGAUCGACGAUAAACUGGUACUGACUUAUGCCAGCGCCGAUGCUCGACUUCGUGCUCCAUCGGUUCUGCUUUAUUCUUAA